AGUUUCCCUUUAAUUUUUAAACCCACAAAGAAGAAUCUGUCAGCGAAGAUGGCUCCAAGACGAAGCUAAUUGUUUAGCUGAUGUAAAUCUAUCCACCACAAACAGGCUGGAGACUGCGGUGACAACAUUAUCAGAUAACCAACCUUUUGAGACGAAUAAGACCCUGUCACUGAGGAACGAUGAGCCAGAGACGUGGCAUCCAUGUGGACCAAUCUGAGCUGCUCUGCAAAAAAGGAUGUGGGUUUUAUGGCAACACAGCCUGGCAGGGCCUGUGCUCAAAGUGUUGGCGAGAGGAAAAUCAGCGAGAAAAGCAAAGGCAAAUUCAAGAAGACUGGGCUCUUGCUGAAAGACUGCAGAGAGAGGAAGAGGAAGCAUAUGCAAGCAGGCAUCAGAGGGCACAAUCACAACCUGCAAUCACCCCCUUCAACAAGUUUGAAGAAAGAAAGACAAAGGAGAAGUCCAGCAAAGUCAACACAGUCACAAAGUUUUUCACUCCAUCAACAAAAACACCACCCAAAAAGGAUGCCGGUGCUGCCGACGCUCAGUCGACUCCGAGCUCCAGCUCCUCAGCCAGUCGCCAGCCCAUUCCAGACAGUGACCGCGCAACGCGAGAGUUCAUUGAUUUUCUGAAGUCGGUGAAGUCUGGCAGGGAAAUCUUUAAGCAGUGUCGGGCUUUCACUGAGGGCAUGGUGUACAAGCGGGACAUGGGAGCCGACGAGCUGUCGGAGUGUGUGCAAGACUUCUACCAGAACCUCUCGGACCGGCUUCAGAACCAGUUUAAAGGUUCGACAGAGCAUGUGGAGAGGGUGAUGGAUGAAGUGGAGAAGUACAUGAUGACCCGACUUUACACCGAGGUUUUCUGUCCCGAAACCACAGACGACGAGAAGAAAGACCUGGCUAUUCAGAAGAGAAUCAGAGAUUUGCACUGGGUCACCAUAGAAAUGCUGUGUGUGCCGGUGGACGAAGAGAUCCCGGAGGUCUCAGACAGUGUAGUCAAAGCUAUUACAGAUAUUAUUGAAAUGGACUCAAAGCAGGUACCCAAAGACAAGCUGGCGUGCAUCACCCGGUGCAGCAAGCACAUCUUCAACGCCAUCAAAGUGAGCAAGAAGGAGGCCGCGUCAGCCGACGACUUCCUCCCGACUCUCAUCUACAUUGUGCUGAAGGCAAACCCUCCGCGGCUGCAGUCCAACAUCCAGUACAUCACCCGCUUCUGCAACCCCAGUCGACUCAUGACCGGAGAGGACGGAUACUACUUCACUAACCUGUGCUGUGCAGUGGCCUUCAUAGAGAAACUGGAUGGUCAGUCUCUGAACAUGAGCUCUGAGGAGUUUGAGCUCUACAUGUCGGGCCAGGCGUCCCCAAACUGGCCACGACCCACCACCGCGUCCUCCUCGUCCGCAGGCAGCGCAGCCCUUACCCAGGUCCACAGCAGCCUGGACCUGCUGACCGGGCUCGGCGAGAGGCAGGAGCGGGUCGUGGAGAAGGCUCGGCAGCUGGAGAGCGACCUGAUAGACUGGACGGAUGAAGUGGAGCAGAAAGUGCAGAGUGCGCUGGAGAGCUUUCCCCUCGACACCCAGAGCACCACGACAAACGCGGCCGGCGGGACGACGACGCCGGCGACCGCAGCGUCGUCCGCGAUCGACUCUGAAAAUGUAGAGAACGAGCUGCUGCCCCCGCCGCUGCAGCCUCAGGUGUUUGCUGGUUAAUAGGAAAACGUCUGCUCUGCAGAAAAAUCACCUGGAGGUUCUACUCCAUCUUCCCGUCUGUUCUCUUUAUAGUCCGUAAGCACAUGUAGCGCCUGGAUCUGGAGUGUUCAUCCAGCCAUCUGUUCCCUUAGAAGCUAUAAAAACACGCUGAAUAGUAA